AUGGCUAGUACUGAGGAUGAUAACUUCGAUAUUGAUAUUUACGGGGACGGCGGCGGUUACAACGGGAGUGAGCAAGAUGGAGAGUUUAAAGGAGAAGAAGCAGAUAUCAUUCUUGACGCCUCUGAGCAACAGAAUAGCGAGGUAAAUAACGAGGGGCCCGGUGAGAAAUACAGUAAUGGUAAUAGCCAUGUCGAGAAUGGCAGUCACAAGAUAUUUAAAACGGAAGAACCUGCAUCAGAAACUCCCCAACCUGCAAAACAACAGCACCAUCAGCCCCAGGUUCAAGCACCACCACAACAAGGCGUGAAGCGAAAAGAGAGCCAUGAUGACCGAAGUAUGGACCCCGAUGCCACAACUGCACUGUUCGUCUCGGAUCUGUACUGGUGGACGACAGACGACGAUAUCAGAGGUUGGGUCAACCAGGCUGGCGUUGAGAACGAUCUUAAAGAUGUCACGUUCAGUGAGCACAAGGUGAACGGUAAAAGUAAAGGACAAGCGUUCGUUGAAUUUAGAUCACCUCAGGCGGCCACAGCCACGAAGCACAAAAUUGAAUCGUUCAACACCCAACAGAGUGGGAGAAAGUAUACCGUCACAUAUACACACCCCAGUACCAAUCCUUUCCGCACGUUGCCGAAAGAUAACCCUAUGCGUGCCAAAGAUGAACGAGGAUCACGGUCUGGAUCUACCAGUAGUUUCAAUGCCCCUCAGACUCAAAGCCCAGGUUUUGGUAUGAACACUGGUGGUGGUUAUCGCGGUGGUCGUGGCGGUGGAUAUAACCGCGGCGCAAUAUCUGGUGGAUUUAACCCCAAUCGUAACUUCGCAUCGCCAAUUGGAGGCGGUAACUUCCAAAGUGGUGGUAUGGGUGGUGGGUUCCAAGCGGCUCCUGUUGGUGGCAUGCAGCCCUACGGUGGAUUUAACAGCCGUGGAGCUAUGAUGGGAAGUAUGCGAGGUGGUCCUGGUGGCAUGCGGGGAGGCCGUGGUGGUAUGGGUGGCCCCGCCCCUAAUCCCAUGAUGUCAGUUGGGGGCGUAGCCAAUGUGGGCGGCAUGGGUAUGGGCAUGGGUGGCAUGCCGAUGGGAGGUAUGCCCAACCAGAUGGGCGGGAUGAUGGGAGGCAUGGCAGGUAAUAUGGGAAUGCAAGGACAAGGCGGUUACCAAACCCAGAACCCUCAUUUCAAUCCUGCUUUCUUCGGCCAGCACCAUGGCGGCAAUGACGGCUCUUGGAACCCACACGGCGCCAAACGGACGCGCCAGGAGUAA